GGUGCUGUGAUCUGUGAUUUGGCUGUCAAAUUGUUUGAACGACAACCUGAAAUAACGAUUCUUAAAAAUGGUAGUGGGUGCCUUUCCUGCGGCCAAACUAGGGGCAUUAUUGCUGAAACAAAUCAGUAAACCCAUAGCAACUGUUGUCAAAAAUCAAGCCAAACAAAGACCAUUCUUCAGAAAAUAUGUGUGCAUGCCACCCGCUCAGUUUUACAACUGGUGCGAGGUGAGAGCUAAGAUGUGGAUGAUGAAUCUAGGCAAACCUGUCAAUAUACCAGUGCUGAAUGAGGCUAUGGCAAUUGAACUGGGUUCAAAUCUCUUGGGUGAAGGUAUUAUAUUCAUUAUUGCUGCUGGAAUUGUUUUAUAUGAAUACAACAGAUCUGCAAAUAAAGAAGAAGCCAAAGAAAGUGCUAAAAGAGCUGAAAUUCAGGCAUUGAAUAAUGCUAUACGAGAUCUGUUUUUACAAACUGAGGAACAGGGAGCACACAUAAGAGAACUGACAAGAAAAAUGGGUGAAUUAGAAACAAAAUGGGAUAAUCCAAUUAAGGGUUCAAAAGUUCCGAAAAGGUCGCCACCACCACCACCACCUGCUGAACCGACAAUUUCAAGCGAAAUAGACGAUCCAAUUUAUUCACCAGAACUUUCUGCCGAAGGAAAAGUCACAUAUGCUGUUGAAUCUACAGUUCCUGAAAGUUCUGGAUUUAUUCUCAGGACAGUUAAACAAAUAGAACACGAAUUUUGGGCUAGUGAGAACAAGGAAAGAAGUGUUAGUAUUGUAACAGAUGGGCUUGACCAUUUACAAAGUAUUUUCAGGAUACAUAUAAAUUGAACGUUAAAAUUUACUAGAUGUACAAUAGCAACUGUAAAAUAUUUAUAACUUAUUUGACUAAUUUUAAGAACAAAUAAAUUGUUUUUGUUUAA